GCUUGCUUCUUCGAUCAGCUGUUCGACUUGAUAUUUCGGAAGACCAUUUUCAAGUUUAUGGUUUUCAAUAUGAUACGCUUCAAUUUAAUCGUAGCAGUUGGCGAGAAUUUCGGAAUCGGCUACAAAGGCGAUCUACCGUGGCGCAUCAAAUCCGAGCUUAAGUACUUUAGCCGCAUUACCAAGCGAACAAACGAUCCCAGCAAGCACAAUGCCGUUGUGAUGGGCAGAAAAACCUACUUCGGAGUGCCGGAAAGCAAGAGACCUCUUUCCAAUCGGCUGAACGUAGUGCUGAGCACCACACUUCAGGAAAACGAAUUGCCCGAGGGAGUACUGCUGUGUUCCAAUCUCGAGACGGCCUUGAAAGUCCUCGAGAACAAGAACGAUGUGGAGAACGUUUGGAUUGUGGGCGGUAGUGGGGUCUACAAAGAAGCCAUGGCCUCGCCAAGAUGUCACCGGCUGUACAUCACUAAAAUCCUGCACAAGUUCGAAUGCGACACCUUUUUCCCCGCGAUCCCAGACAGCUUCCGCGAGGUCGCGCCCGAUUCGGACAUACCACUCGGUGUUCAGGAGGAGAAUGGCAUCCAUUUCGAGUACAAGGUCUUGGAGAAACAGUCAAAAUAAAAUUAUCCACUAAUUUA